UUUGUGACCCCUUGUGCAACUGAUUUGAUGCAAUGCAGUCUUCACCUUGCUAUUCUGAUGCUGAAUUUCUCAGACAGCUCCAGAAUUUGCAUUGCCCCCAUCUUUUUUAGCCUGUCAUUUCACCAGCAAAGUUCUCCUGCACAAAAUAGCCGACAUGACAAACAAUCAGGAACAAAAUAGCCGGCAUGCCAAAUUUGUGAGAUGGAUGGGGGAAACGAAGGCCACUCUGCGUGAUUAGCAACGGCUGAGGAAUCUUGAUAUCAUGCAUCAAGUCUGAAGUACUCUCAGCUCUCUCUGCUGCAGGCCAAUGGAUGGGUGCUCACUGGAAAUUCAUGCUGUCUGGCAGCUGAUCAUUCAUCAAAUCCAAUGUUCACACGCAAUGCAUUCUCAUCCACGAUAUAAAUGCCAUGCGUUGGCUGGUCGUGCUGGGUGGGCGGCCGGCCAUGGACGUGACCUUCGUGUGCUCGUCGUCGUCGGGGGAGGGGCCGUUCAAGAUGGAGGUGGGCUUCUUCGACACCGUCCAGGACAUCAAGCACAAGCUCCAGGGGCGCACCGGCUGGCCCGCCGCCGCCAUGUCCCUCUUCCACGACGGCGACGCGCUCGUCGACGACGACAGCGCCGGCGCCGGCGUCACCGAGCGGUACGGCGUCGUGGAGGGCUCCGUCAUCCACGUCGCCCUCGACGGCGACGAGAGGCGGCCGCGUCGGAAGGAUAGGAAGGACGGGACCAGGAGGCCGGCCAGGUCGGCCAGGCGGGAGCGGGACGGCGCCGUCGCGCCGCCGCUGCGGGUGAAGGUGGUGUCGCGGUGCGGCGCGGGGCGGGUGGAGAUGGCGGUGCGCGCGCGGGGCGCGGUGUCGGCGCUGCGCGGGGAGCUGGAGCGGGGCGCGGCGUCCGGGUCCGGGUUCCCGCUGCCCCCGGACGGCGGCUACUUCUUCAUCCACGGGCAGAGCGUGAUGGACGAGGCGCGGUCGUUCGAGUGGCACGGCGUGGCCGCCGGCGACGAGGUCGUCGUCUUCGAAGGCUCCGUCACCAGGGCGCCGGCGUGCUGAACCGAGACCGGCCAAGACGCGCGUGCGUGCGCGUGGCGCCUGGAGCAAAUUUGUAGUUUGUUCGCGCGGGAAGAAGAUCAGAACUGUGGCUUCGCUUGGUUCGUUCAGUAUCGUCGUCAGAAUGGCAAAUCUUCCUUCCGAGUU